CUCGCCAUUCCCAAAACUCACCAUGGAUUCCCCGAAGAGAUUGUUGGUAGGACCCUUGAAUAUCGUGGUAAUCGGAGGCUCCUUAGCCGGUUUGAUGUGUGGAAUCGCCUUAGUGCACGCCGGUCAUAAAGUGACGAUUAUCGAAAAGGACGACAAUGAGCGCCAAAGUCAUAUGGCGGGCGUUUGUCUCGGCCCAGACGCUGAAGCAUACUUGACCUCCCACGAUCGAUUGAAAAAUGCGUUCAGCCACAGAAGCCGCCGUGUUCAGGCUCUAAACUCAGACGAAACCAUCAAAAUCUUCGUAAACGGUCGCCGGGAUAUUACGAGUUGGGACACCUACUACUUCCGCCUCCGAGCCUGCUUCGAUCAGUAUGUCAGCUCAUUCUAUCCAUCGCCGCCACAUUCGGUGGAUUCAGACGGUAGCGCCAUAUAUGUUUGUCGCCAGCAAGUUACCGAUAUGUUUCCUGCAAGCCGUAGUGAUGGAGGAAUGGUCCUUUCGAUAUUGGAUCACAACAGUCAAGAAGUAAAGCAAACGAAAGCUGACCUAGUGAUCGGCGCCGAUGGCCCGGAUUCGUUCGUACGGUCGAAAUACCUACCCGCUGUCAAGCGCCAAUACGUUGGAUAUAUAGCCUGGCGAGGAACAGUCCCAGAGAGUGAAGUGUCUGAGUCAACACGCAGCAUUUUCAGCCGCAGCGUGACGGUGCACAUGAUGCACAGGCACCACUGCAUCAUGUAUACAAUUCCGGGAAUCAAUGGGUCAUUGGAACCAGGAGAACGAUUGUUGAAUUUUCUUUGGUACACGAACGAGUCGGAGGAAUCACUACACGAUAUUCUGAUAGAUGGGGUCGAUGGCCACAGGCACCACAAUCUCGUACCGGCAGGGCGUGUACGCGAGGGGAUUUGGAACGCGCAAGUUCAGCGUGCGAAGGAUGUCCCGCUUCCUUUACCUUUCCUAGAGGUCAUGAUCAAGAUCCGUGGUCCGUUCAUCCAAGUUAUUACGGAAUUCUGCGCACCCAAAGCAGCAUUCGAGGAUGGCAGGGUACUGCUUGUGGGUGACGCCCUCUCUCUCUUCCGCCCACACACUGCGUUCAGUGGCACGCAAGCAGCCUUUCAUGCCUUAAGGGUUGAGGAAUAUGUAGGUCGCAGGAUCACAUUGCAGGAAUGGGAGGAGAAGGUCAUAAGGUUCUCAAAUUUGCAUUGGGCGCAGAGUAUUUGGUGGGGCAAAUUCUAUCAGCAUCACAUGGCUGUAGCACUGUUAUCGGGUCUCCAGUACUGGUGGUAUUGUGGAACUGAUAGGAUGAAAUCUUGGUGGAACGGCGAGGAACCGCUCCUGAGGACAUCGUCAAACCGGGUGGAUGAGUACGAAUCUUGA